AUGCCUAUCGCAGAAAAGAAGAAAGAUUCUCGCCAUCGGUCCCAUAAAGGCUGUUGGACGUGCAAAAGGAAACGGAUCCACUGUGACGAAUCGAGACCGGGCUGUCGGCAGUGCUCUAAGCGCGGACUAACAUGCGAAGGAUACGAGAUUAGACUUCGCUGGGGCGCUGGUAUCGCUUCCCGAGGUCGAUUCAAUGGCGCUGAGAAACCGGUCAAAGAAUCGAUACCCCCUUAUUCGAAACGAAGGUGGGAUCUGCGAGGGAAAUGCGAACAAGGGGAUGGUGAUCAGCAAGGCCAACCAGUCCUACUUCUUGAAGAAAGUUUUACUCAAGCCCAACCACUGGACCAACCAGUUGCUGAGCGAGCAACAGUCAGUAUACUUAAUGUGCCUUUCGGACAGAAUCCGGAGGACUAUAUCGACAUUAACCGCCACUUUGAGCUUCCUGUAUCACUGGAGAAUGUGGAACGAGAUACCAGACUGUUCGAGGGAGUAGGACUAAAUCCUGGUCCAUAUAGUGAUAAGAUGACGAGGGGAUCCGCAAUCAUUGCUUGA